AGCUGCAGAAUACUGAAAACCCCUACCCCAAAUUCCCAAUCUCACAAACAACCCAGUCACCAUUUCUAGGACCCAUCUUUUUUUUUUUGUUGCUCUUGGUAACCCCACUUCAUCCUACACCUCUCGAAUCUCAAUUGUUUUUUCUUCAUGACUCCCAAUUCUCCUCAACCACCCUCUAUCAUAUAACCUCUUCUAUUCUUAUACCCUUUUAUUUAAUUUAAUUUAUUAUUUUACCCAAACCAUAUUUAUCCCAGGAGAUCCCCCAAUUUUAUUUAAUUAUUUUGUUUGGACUGAAUAUAUUUAUUUAUAUAUUUUAAAAAUACAAUUUUCUUGUGAUUCAUUCAAUUUGGGCACGGGACCUUACCCCAUCCCUUCUUUCCUUUCAAUGCCUAAAACCUAGAGCCGCACUUGGUAUAUAUAAUUACCAAUAUAUCAUAUCAUCUAUAUAUCUAAUUAUCUACAUAAAUCUUUUGUCCAAAAAAAUCUAUACAAAAAUCCAUCUAUCACUAACAAAUAUCCCCAAUGAGUGAGUGAGUGAGGCAUCGAUUAGAGAAAACGAGACACAUUUUUUUCCCCACAUAUAAAAAAAAAAAAAAACAAUUUUACACCCACCCACCACCCACCCCUCUAAUAGACCCUUGAAAAUACUGAUCUCCGUGCAUAAACUUCCCCGUCUCAUAUUUUUAAGGUGACAGAAAAAGACGUACUAGUAUUGGAAGGAGGAAAGAUCUUACCCCUUUUUCAUUCAACGUUUUAAGGAGCCCCAUCUAUUAAGUGUCGAGGGUGGUGAGAUAGGGAUUCAACAAUCAUAGCAUGUGUAUCGAAUAGAACUGCAUUUUAGAAUAGUAUCAUGGAAGUACUUCCUUGUUCUGGUGUUCAGUAUGCUGGGGAAUCUGAUUGCCCUCAACGAGGUUCAGGAACAGCUUUUGUCUACCAGGAAGAACCUACUUGUCCUGAAAAUGGUGAUCAAGCUAAGUUGGCAGAUGGUCAAGUGAUUGAAUCAUUGCAUAAGAUGCAAGGACCAGAGUUAACACAUAUGGUUUGUCAAUGCAAUGGAGCUUCAUGUGGUGACUGUCAAGUGAAUGAGCAAAAGGAAUACUGCGGUUUCCAUGAUUUUGAAGAAGACAUGAUAAACGAACGUUACAUAACCUCUGAGAAUGCUCUCUCUGUUGUUGAUACAAUUGAAAGCGAAUCACCAAACAACGGUAGAGAAGGAGGGGACUUGUCAUUUUCUGAACCCAAGUGGCUAGAGGGCGAUGGAUCUGUGGCAUUGUGGGUCAAGUGGAGAGGGAAGUGGCAGGCUGGUAUCCGAUGUGCAAGGGCUGACUGGCCAUUAUCAACUUUGAAAGCAAAACCAACUCACGACCGAAAGAAAUAUUUUGUCAUUUUUUUUCCACACACAAAGAUUUAUUCUUGGGCAGAUAUGCUGCUUGUUAGGUCAAUCGAUGAGUUUCCCCAUCCUGUUGCAUACAAGACUCAUCAGGUAGGACUGAAAUUGGUAAAGGACUUAACAGCUGCUCGGCGGUUUAUAAUGCAAAAGCUAGUUGUUGGCAUGCUGAACAUUGUUGAUCAAUUUCAUCUUAAUGCUUUAAUAGAAGUUGUCCGUGAUGUGAAGGUCUGGAAGGAAUUCGCCAUGGAGGCUUCUCGCUGUAAUGGUUAUUCUGAUUUUGGAAGAAUGCUUCUAAAGAUACACAAUAGCAUCCUGCAGCACUACAUAAAUACUAACUGGUUACAGCAAUCUUCUACCUCUUGGGUUGAACGAUGUCAGAGUGCAAAUAGUGCUGAAUCAGUAGAGCUGCUUAAGGAGGAAUUGUUUGAUUCUAUUUUGUGGAAUAAUGUCAACAAUCUCUGGGAUUCACCAGUGCAACCAAUAUUAGGUUCUGAAUGGAAAACCUGGAAGCAUGAUGUAAUGAAAUGGUUUUCGCCGUCACCUUCCUUGUCUAGCAGCAAAGACACUCACCGGCAGAUUUCUGAUGUUUCGUACCAAACAAACCUUCAGGUUUCUAGAAAAAGGCCUAAACUUGAAAUCCGUCGUGCGGAUUCACAUGCUUCACAAGGGGUGUUCAAGGGUCCAGAUCACGCUAUUGCUCUUGAGACUGACCCUGGUUUCUUUAAGAAUCGGGACACAUCGAGCACAUUAGCUUCUGAGACUUAUAAACAUGAAAAUAUUAGGAAGGUGUCUAUGAUAAAUGAUUUGCCAAGUAAAUGGAAUGAUAUUGUAGUUGAGGCUUCUGAUUCUGAUUUCUUGCAUGCUAAAGAAAAUGAAUCAACACCUAUAAAUGAAAUGGCUGCUGUAAAAUCUGUGGAUCCUGGUAGUAAGAAUCGACAAUGUAUAGCUUAUAUUGAAGCCAAGGGAAGACAGUGCGUGAGAUGGGCAAAUGAAGGGGACGUGUACUGCUGUGUGCAUUUAUCCUCUCGUUUUUUGGGCAGCUCAGAAAAAGCUGAAAAACAGGUUCAAUUCGAUACUCCUAUGUGUGAUGGUACAACUGUUCUGGGUACUAAAUGUAAGCAUCAUGCGCUACAGGGAUCUUUAUACUGCAAGAAACACCGGCCCCUCGCUGAAACUGAACAGAUUUCAAGUUUACCCCAAAUUACAAUAAAGAGAAAACAUGAAGAAAAUUAUACUGGUUCAGAGGACAUUUUCUGCCGAGACAUGGUAUUGGUAAAUAAUGAAGGUCCACUGCAAGUGGAUCCAGUGCCAUCCAUUGCUGGUGAUUCCUUACACGGAGAAAGCACUUUGUCUGAGAAGGGUCAUGUUGCAAUGGAGGCUCGGAACUGUUUAGGUUCUCCUCCCUUUGAUAAUAUGAAUCCUUGUAUGGAAGCUCCUAAACGCUAUUCCUUGUACUGUGAAGUCCACCUUCCAAGCUGGCUUAAACGAGCGAGAAAUGGGAAGAGUAGAAUAGUAUCAAAAGAAGUGUUCUCAGAACUUUUGAUGGGCUGCAACUCACGUGAGCAAAAGGUGCAUCUACAUAACGCAUGUGAGCUUUUUUAUAGGCUAUUCAAAAGCAUUUUAUCACUAAGAAACCCGGUUCCUAAGGAAGUCCAAUUCCAAUGGGCUUUGACUGAAGCCUCUAAAGAUACUGGUGUUGGAGAAUUUUUUACAAAGUUGGUUCAUAGUGAAAAAACAAGAAUCAAAUUGAUGUGGGGAUUCAAUGAUGACAUGGAUGUAUCCUCUGUAAUAAUAGAAGAACAACCUCUCUUGCCACCGACAAUUAAUCAUAGCUUUGAUAAUGAAAAUGCCAUUAAGUGUAAGAUAUGCUCUGUGCAAUUUCCUGAUGACCAAGCACUCGGUAACCAUUGGAUGGAAAGUCAUAAAAAGGAAGCACAGUGGCUGUUUAGAGGCUAUGCAUGUGCAAUUUGUCUGGAUUCUUUUACUAACAAGAAACUAUUGGAAACCCAUGUUCAGGAGAGACAUCAUGUGCAAUUUGUUGAACAAUGCAUGCUUCUCCAAUGCAUUCCUUGUGGAAGUCAUUUUGGAAAUUCUGAACAAUUGUGGCAGCAUGUUUUAUCAGCUCAUCAUGUUGAUUUUAAACCAUCAAAAGCUCCUGAACAGCAAACUUUCUCUACUGGCAAAGGUUCACCUGUAAAACACGACCAGGGGAAUUCAGCAUCUUUGGAAAAUAAUUCUGAGAACCCAGGUGUUCUGCGGAAGUAUUUUUGCAAGUUCUGUGGGUUGAAAUUUGAUUUACUACCUGAUCUAGGACGACAUCACCAAGCUGCUCAUAUGGGGCCAAAUCUGGUUAGCAACCGCCCUGCUAAGAGAGGAGUUCGCUAUUAUGCAUAUAAAUUAAAAUCUGGCAGACUAAGCCGUCCUAGAUUUAAAAAAAGUUUGGCAGCAGCAUCAUUGAGGAUGAGAAGUAAAGCUAACGCCAAUUUAAAGCGAUGCAUUCAGGCAACAAAGUCAAUUGGUGUGGAAGAAACAACUGCGCAACCACAUGUAAUUGAAACAGAAAAUAUUAGUGGAUUGGCAGAACAUCAAUGCUCAGCUGUUGCUAAAGUUUUGUUUUCAGAAAUUCAGAAAACUAAACCUCGGCCUAACAAUCUUGAUAUUUUAUCAAUUGCUCGCGUUGCUUGCUGCAAAGUUAAUCUUGUAGCCUCACUGGAAGAGAAGUUUGGAGUUCUUCCGGAAAAGAUCUAUUUAAAGGCAGCAAAACUUUGCAGCGACCAUAAUGUUGUUGUGAAAUGGCACCAUGGGGGUUUUGUUUGUCCCAGAAGUUGUAACACAUCGAAGGAUCGAGCCUUGCACUCUCCUUUAGCAUCUCUUCCUAAUGGUUUUGUAAUGCAAAAUUCUGUAAAGUUGUCUGAUCCUGCAAGUGAUGAGUGGGAGGUCGAUGAGUUUCACUGCAUAAUUAAUUCACAAAGUUUAAAAUUAGGUUCACUGCAAAGAGCUAUAGUAAUGUGUGAUGACAUUAGCUUUGGGAAGGAGACAGUUCCUAUUAUUUGUGUAGUAGAUCAAGAACUUCUGCAUUCACUAAAUGCGCAUGGGUCUAAUGAACAAGAUAAAAUCUUUCUUAAACUUUGGGAGAGCUUCUCCUAUGUUACAAAGCCAAUAAUUGAUGAAUCCCUUAGUCUUGACUCAGAGAGUCCUCAAUUGGGAUGUGCCUGCUCAUAUCCUACCUGCUGUCCUGAGACAUGUGAUCAUGUAUACCUUUUUGGAAAUGACUAUGUUGAUGCAAAAGACAUAUUUGGGAAACCAAUGCGUGGCAGGUUCCCAUAUGAUGUGAACGGUAGAAUGAUUUUGGAGGAAGGUUACCUUGUCUAUGAGUGUAGCCAUAUGUGCAGAUGCAAUAAAUCCUGUCCAAACAGAAUAUUGCAAAAUGGAGUACGAGUCAAAUUGGAAGUCUUUAGAACAGCGAAAAAGGGAUGGGCAGUAAGGGCAGGGGAAGCUAUUCUACGCGGAACAUUUGUGUGUGAGUACAUAGGAGAGGUUUUAGAUGUGCAGGAGGCACAAAACCGGCGUGAAAGAUAUGGCACAGGGAAUUGCGGUUACUUCUAUGAUGUUGAUGCUCGUGUUAAUGAUAUGAGCAGAUUGAUUGAAGAACAGACUCGAUAUGUGAUUGAUGCUACGAAGUAUGGAAAUGUGUCGAGGUUCAUCAAUCAUAGCUGCUCGCCGAAUCUUGUGAGUCACCAAGUUGUCAUAGAGAGCAUGGAUUGUGAGCGUACACACAUUGGUUUUUAUGCAAGUCGAGAUAUUGUUCUGGGUGAAGAGCUGACAUAUGACUUUCACUAUGAGCUUGUGCCUGAAGAAGGAACUCCUUGUUUGUGUGAAUCAUCAAAAUGUAGGGGACGCCUUCACUAGAACCUCAACAUCUGCAUGUGCUGUUUCAAUAACAUUUUCAGAUUUGCCAAUUUGAGGCUCAAUUUAUCUGGCUCGGCUUAGAAGAUUCGAAUUGAGUUUGGUUCAGCUUUGAAGUGAUUUGGAUUUUACGCCCGCCACGUGCUGUCUGCCUCAGUCCCUCUUUGGUAGAGUAUGUUUUAGCAACUUAAGUCCAUGAUCUUUCUCAUUUUCUCUUGCUUUUUAUUCUAUAAUUUUUCUCUGCCGAAGUGCAUUUUUAUUCAUGGAAAACUUAGGAAUAUUGUAACCAAAAAACAUAGAAAUAUCUUUCUCUCUCUGUUUUUUGUCCCUCUCAUCCCCAUGCACAACCAAGGAAAGAAACUCCAAACAAAAGUCAAUUUGGAUCUAUGGUUCAAUUUCAUUAGUAGUGUUGUGGGGAAUGUACAUAUGCUUAUUGUUUUGAACUUUUGAUAUAUUUGCUCCUUCAUUCCUUUGCUGAGUUAAUUACUUAUUUAUAGAA